GGAAAGCUGUGAUGGCGGAAAAAGAGUACAGCCCGGUGUACAAAGCAUCCCGCAUUGACUCAGAGUACGUUGAAGAAGUAGUCGAUAGAAUAUCGGAGUUGCCAGUGCAUGUAAUUCAUCAAAUGUUGUCAAAACUUCACCAAAAACAGGCAGCCAGAACUAGCGUGUUGUCGAAGAAAUGGUACUAUUGCUGGACUUCGCGGCCUAAUCUGGUAUUCGAUCUACUACAACAUAUGCCCCUGGAAAAGUUUGUCGAGUUCGUUGAUCAAUCCAUACAACCUCAUCUUGAACAAAACUUACGUAUCGAAGAAUUCAACCUCAAAUAUCAUGAUGCAGGAGGAUAUGCUUCUUCUCAUAUCGAUAGAUGGAUUGAUUUGGCGGUUAAGCAUAAUGUCAGAGUUCUGAAAAUCGACACAUUGAACAAUUCUGGUUCUGAGAAACCGCCAUACCGUAGUCUACCUGAUGUUAUUUAUGGCGCGGAGAACCUAACAACGUUGAUGCUAAGCAAGUACAAGUUUGAAAUUACGAGUUCAACUAGCACAAGCUUCUGUUUUCUUAAGGAUCUUUACUUGAGUUAUGUCCAUAUAUCGCAAAGCCAGUUACAGAAAGUACUCGAUGAAUGCCCAUUCAUUGCGAAUCUAAGCCUGUGUGAUUGCAAGGGAAUAAGCAAACUACAUGUUUUUGGUGGCCUAGUACAUCUGAAAUCUUUGUUUGUUGCAUCGUGUGAACUCGAUAAUGUGAUAGUCCGUGUUUCAAAUCUGACGAAACUGACCAUAAUACAAGGGAGGGAACUAGAAUCAGUCGAGAUUCAAGCUCCGAGUUUAUUGGAUUUCACUUUUUCGGGUGACAAAUUGCCAUCUAUGGAUCCUUCUUCCCUGGAAAGCGCUCGACUCCAGUUCAACUUGUAUCGGGUGCUAGUAAUACACAACUUCGGUGAUGUGGACAGUGUCUGGUGCACCAAACUUCAGCAUUUCCUUAGAAAGUUCGACUAUUCUAAAGGUCUCAUGUUCGUAAUAUGUCAGGACUAAAAGCAUGCUUAUUUAAGAAGAUACGAGAGAAAUUGUUGUUCCUCCAAGUCCUCAUGUCGACAUAUUCAUUGCACCUAUGUCGCGUCUUCAAUCAAUCAUAUAUAGAUGCACGCGACCCAAGAUCAUAUCGGUACUUCCAUGUACAAACAGUAAACUACUCCAGGUGCUGCCCGAGUUGAAAUGGUGUCGAAAAGGUUGUUCUUUCAGUGUUGAGUGCUCUUACUGCCUCCGCGAAUUAAAAGAAGUCGACAAUGUUGUGGACUUAUCCAGUGAGGAAACGGCCGCUUGGUAUUCUUGGUUAAAUUCUGCAUUUCUGAUUGACAAAGUGACCAACUUCCCCGGAGGGUUGCAAAGAAAGUGACUUUCUGAAAUAGUAAGUAUCGGUUGUGUGACCAUCCGAGAAAUCAACUCCAUGAUUGGCUUCUCGCGUUACACUUGAGGUCAAUCAUCACUGGUUUUCAUUGUUCUUCAAUGAUAUCCAACUUAUGUAGUUUAUAUUAUUGAUCUUAGCAGCAACAUUCGAUCGAUAUUGGAUUGAAAUUUACCUCCUUUAUUACAUCUGGUGAUUCACACUUUACGCGAUGUAGGGUAAAGUGUGAGGUUUAUGAUAGCGUUCAUCUUCUUGAACAAUCACGACUUACAAGCAUCACGUCAUACAAGCUGUGUUUUCUGGUUAUACUUGUUUUACUAAUCCAUGAAGGUAAUAGGCGCCCUGUGGAAUUAGUCGAGGUGUGCACAAGCUGGC